UUGCCCUGGAGGUUACUCGUUUCCCGUCGACAUAUGAGCUACGAGUGUUCAUUGAAACAUAUGCUCCUGGGGCGUGGGGGCCCUUGUGCCACAUUGUGGUGUUCUUCAGCACAGCGAUCCAGCACGGGCUUUUAUUCGGCGAAAUGCUCAGAUCGAUGCCACGCAAGGCUGUUGUUGUUGCUGCUGCCUUGCUAGAACGUGUUAGUGGCAAGCGUUACGAUGAUGUCGCUGGCCGCGCAAGACAGUUGCGCGAAUGCCGCGUGAUCAACAGAGGCGGCCGCCGUGGCCAAGAUGUUCGAGCAGUGUCGAUGCAGAGAGACUUUUAUACCGCGCCCACGCGAAAUGACGCGUCGGGAGGCUUGGCGAGUUAUGCACGAGCACCCGGACCCUUAGUUCUUCGGCAGCAGCACAACCCUGGUUCCAUGUAAGCUCAAUCUAGACAGUACUCUGCGGCCUAUACAUACGACUGACUGCCGCAUCUUCACUCGCAGUGGGUUGCUCGUCUGUCGCUUGGAUAGUGUGUUUCAUUCUGCAGCUCACCAUGAACAAGUUCAAAGGACUCCUUGGACGGACGAAGAGUCUGUCCAUGCGAGGCGGGAGUCGCGGCGAUGCGGGCAACCACCAGUUCGACAAUGCUCCCCUCGACUCGCCCGAAGCGAACGUCCAGCAGGCAAUCCGACUGUUCUGCGAAUCUGGCUCAAACAACAAUGGCGGGGAGGAGGUACUUCAUCUGCCUGUUAUCGUCGAAUCCGCCGAAUCGUCGCCUGCUGCCGCCGCAAACGCUGCUCUCCAGAUCAAGAAGUUCUUGGGCAAAGAGUGGUCGCCGAAGCCAUAUGUGCAGUACAACGCCAUCAUGCUCAUCCGCAUCUUGAGCGACAACCCGGGGCCCCGGUUCACGCGGAACUUCGAUAAGAGCUUUGUGAACACUGUCAAGGAGAUGCUGCGGAACUGCAGAGACCAGAGCACACAACAGAUCCUGCGCGAGACGCUCGAUCACCUGGAAAAUGACAAGGCAUACGAUGAGGGACUGCACGGAUUGUUCCAGAUGUGGAGGAAGGAGAAGGGGCAGGCCGCCAGCUUUAGCGUAGGCGGGCAGAGAGCUGCGUUUAUGGGGCAGGAUGGAUACCAGGCACCUGCACAUGGUUAUGAGAGAUCUGGGGCAAGUGGUCGGGGAAACAGACAAUCUCGUCUCCCGUCGGCAGUCGAGUUGGCGAGCAGGAUCGAAGAGGCGAAGAACACAGCCAAGAUACUACUGCAGCUGGUGCAGAGCACACCCACUGAGGACUUUGUGAACAACGAACUGAUCAAGGAAUUCAGCGAGCGUUGUCAGAGCGCCCAGAAGAGCAUGCAGACAUACAUCAACGCCACCGACCCGGCGCCCGACCAUGAUACAAUGGCCACUUUGAUCGAGACGAAUGAGCAGUUGAGCUUGGCGACCAGUCGCUAUCAGCGGGCCCUUCUGGCUGCUAGACGAGCGAUGGGUGUCUCUACCAGCCCUGAGCAAAGCACGCAACCAGGCACGGAAAACCUCGCAAGCGCCUUCACUCCUCCACCUGGACCUCCGCCAGGACAGCAGCAACAGUCCAAUAGUGCAUUCGCGGCUCCGUUGACAAGUCAAUCGAAUGCCUAUGAUACUGGCAACAACCAGGCAUACGGCGGAUAUCAGCCACCCAGUGGACCUCCGCCAAGUGGAGCGUUUGCAGGACAGCAAGCACCACCGCAAAUGCCUCCACGCCCUCAAGAGGCGGCCAAUCCCUUUGCCGAUCCAACACCUAGCCAAUAUAGUGCAUUUCCGCCUGCGUCGCAGCACCACCCGCAAACGGUCUCUUUCGACGACUUCGAUCGACAACAGCAGCAGCAGCAGAGCUCUAAUCACGUGCGAUCCUUCACGAUAGAGAAGGAACCGGAGGGAUUUGCACCACCGAAGCGCAACAAUACCAACGAGCUCGAGAAUGCCUAUUCGAUCGAGCAGCCAAAGGUGUCGCCGCUGCAUCCUCCCGAAGGCCACGCCGUGGGUUCAUCGUCGCCUCCCCGCCCUGCAUUGGGCCCGUACCACAACAGCGAGAUCACUCAGUCAUAUGUCGGUCGGCAGCAAAGCGCUACCAACGGGCUGAGUAUGCACGGAGCCGGCGGCGCAUAUACCCCCAAUGAGCAGCCUGGAGGCCAGGAUGUGAGCCCCAUCGAGACCAGGCGAUAACACUCCUCUUUGCACCCCGUCUUGCUUGAAAAGGGUUGAGAGCAGUGGUUUUUAACGAGUCUGAGUUUGAGAUACCUCCUUGCGUUGUUCUAUACAUAAAUUACGAGCCAUGUCCAGUCAGCAUCCAUUUUCUUGCGAACAGCUUUCCUUUGUCGUGGCGGUGUCGUUCCUGAGUUGAGUGGUCCCGAUUUGGAGGCGAGGGCGUGCUACUCGAAUCGGUGCGCGUAGGUCCUUCGUUCGCUGUCCAAGUGGCGGACUGUACUGUUCUCUAUCAUCGAAGAGCCACGGUCUCCUGCAUCCUGGACGGUCCUUGGGAAGCGCAGGAGAGUGCUCUGCAGGUCGGUCUAGGGAUUGCAGGACCGGAAGAAUCGGCGAUAAUGCGACAGCAGAGAGUGCGCUGUCGCAGCUUCGACUGGAAGCUGCUGCAUAUACUUCACUGGAACAACUGGCAUAUCGGAUGCUCCUGGAGUAGCGGUCACUUGGAUGCGGGUGUUCGGCGUCGUGGCGAAACAUCCAAUCGUGUGGCAUCCGCGUUGCGCCGUCGUGUCAUCCGGAGACGCGUUUGCGUACCAUGGGCAGAGCGGUCGUAUUACGGCCAUUUUCUCAAACGCGUUCCCUCAAACAGUCUCGCUGGCAGAAUCCUCGUUCGCGUCGAACAUCCGAAAGAAGCUCUCCAACUUUUUCCGCAGUGCAUGUCGAAGGAACUCAUCUCCUCGAGACUGAUGAGCCAAUGGUGCGAUCCAACCGCAUAGUUGAGAAGCACGAACAGGCC